AUGGUGGAUGAAUUAUUGGCUCGAAAAGUCAAUCUCAAAGCAACGACAACAAGUGUCCCACCGCCAUUGCAGUUUGCAGUAGAGGGCUGCAGAAUGACGAGUGUCCAAAAAUUGUUAGCUGCUGGGGCGGAUGUCAAUCAUUAUUAUGGACCGGACGAAGAUUUACCAUUGGUUCGAGCCAUAAAUAAUCUAAGACCUGACAUGAUAAAAUUAUUGAUCCGUCACGUGACUGAGCCAAGUGAAGGAUGGAUAACGACACCAUUGAUGAGUGCUUGUCAUGCUAAAGCACCAAGAUCAAUUGAGUUCUUGAUCAAUCUUCCAAACAUUGACAUCAGCAAAGUUAAUAACAAAAAUGAAACUUGUUUGUUUAUGAAUGUUAAUGGUCUAGACGCAGCUGGCUUAGAAUUAAUCUUAAAUACUAAUAUUGAGUGCCGAGGUAUUCUUGAUAAGGAUGCUGAAACUGGUCCAAUUCAAGCUGAAUGUUUUAGAGAAGUCCAAUUGAUGAUGAACACCUACGAACCAUCAAUUAACUGGUCUUUCUUUAGAAUCCUUCGUGUUUCACAACAUCUACUGACCUUGCGGUUCAAAAACAUUCAAGUUCCUGCUGGCAACGAAGAAGAACUGAUCGAAAAUUUUCCAAUUUACGGAAGGAUGCUCGCAUUUCAUAUGAAGAAAGCUCUGCAGCGCAAGGUGUUAUUUGAACAAGCAGAAGAAGUACUGCUGGUUAUUUUUCGUAAACUUCUGCCUGCUACUGUUAUCAACGAAAUAAUCUUUUUUUUGACUAACUAUGAUUUGUAUAAAUUGAAAGAGUAA